ACUUCCUCCCGCGGCAGUGCUGCACAUAUACAGGCUACUGCUGGUGCGUCAGCAUCUACACCGGAGAUAUGGUAUACAACACCAAGGCACUUAUUGGGCAUUUCCAUUACGAGUGUGGAAAGGAAUACUACUGUCCUCUUGGCUGGUCCAUGUACGGCGAGAAAUGUAUCAUGGUCAUCAAUCACGAAAAGACGUGGGCUGAAGCUGAGGUGAGGUCUGAUGAAAUGUUUACUGCUAAUGCGAUUAAUAACCAUAACAUGUCCUCCUGUCCUUUCCAGAGUUACUGUCUGUUUGAGGGAGGAAACCUGGCAUCGGUCCACAGUGAUCUGGAGAACCACUUCAUCGAGGCUCUGACCAAAGACAAGAACUACGACUUCCCGGAAACCUGGCUCGGUGGAUAUGAUGCCAUACAGACCUGCAUGUGGUUCUGGAGUGACGGCACCAAGUUUAAUUAUGAAAACUGGUUCAUGGAUUAUUAUAUGGAGAGAAAAGAGCACUGCCUGAAGAUGAACUAUGGACCUGGGAAGAAAUGGCACUUUGGCGCCUGCAACGAGACCCUCCCCUUUGUUUGCGCCAAAAGUAACUGGAAAAUGGACAUUUUCUAAAGAAACAGACACAUCGAGACAUUCCUCGGCUACACAUACUGGAUCCAAAAGUUGGAUGUGUGUUUCCUCUACAUAAUCACUUUCUAUAAAUGCUUUUUACAACAUUCAUGCUUUAGAUAUUUGUUGUGACACCUCUAAUUCUCUUUCAGCUGGUAUAACUUUUGCCAAUUAUUUCCCUUAUCUUUUGCAAUAAUUGUAAUCAUAAUGUCUAUUAACACAUUGCAAUUGAAGUGACUCAAAGUAAAGGCUUGUGCUUUUAAGGUUA